AUGCGGGCGGCCCAGGAACGCGGCCAGGGCCGCCUACCGCCCAAGAAGCGAGAGCUACCGGUGUCCGCCAGCGGGGGCGACGGCGACGAGCCGGGCAGGUCGGCCGAGCGCGAUUCGGCGACGGCGGGGGAGGCCUCGUCGGAGCGGCCUCAGGCGGCGGCGGGCAAACCAGGUCGCGCGCCUUCGCGUUACAGCGAGCCCGGCGGUGAUGACACCAGCGACGGCGACCACUCCAGCGAAACUGUGGCCAGCUUGACUGUGGACCAGUGCGGCUUCUACAAGGUGGCUGUGCCCCCGACCACCUUCGCCCCGGUGGUGAACGUGAGCCCGCUGCCUGCUGCUUAUGGUCUGACCUCACAGCUGCUGCACCAGCAUCGGCAGCAUCCAGUAGUCCCCUAUCCGCCCAUCCAUUACACGCAGCUCCCUGCCACCCCUUUGCAAUUUGUGGGGUCGCAUUACUCACUGCCCUACGCCGUGCCUCAUGGCUUCCUCCCCAGCCACCUGCUGUCGUCUUCUGCUGGCCUCGCCACCUCUCAUGUCCCUCACUUUGUGCCCUACGCACCAAAUCUCCUGUCCAAUGACCUGAGUCCCUCACAGGUGACCCACACGUUUGGCAAAACUUCUGCCUCCGUUUCACCCUCGGGCCCUCUGCAGCCUCAUAUCAGAGGCCACCUUCUGGACGUUUCGCAGGGUCAGAUUCCAAUUUAUUACCAGAUGUCCCAUGUGCCAGCAGGUUACUCGGCAUUUGAGGCUGCCGUUGGUCUGAACUCGGACCAACCUUUGCAGGAGAAGCAGCUUGAUCCCAAAAGAUUCACAAUGAAUGGGCCACAAAGGUCUGCUGUGGGGGCAAAGGAGAGCGAAGCUGAAGGGCAGUGGCCAAGGACUGUUGAAGAGUACAGUACAAGUACUCCGGUCUUGAGAAUGGAGGUAUCAGUGCCAUCUCAGCCAAGUACCCCAGACCUUGAAGUGCAGAGGGUAGUGGGAGUUCUCUCAGAAUAUCCUAUUUGUUCUGCUCAGCAGAAGGACAACUUCAGCCCUCUUAACCUGUCCCAUCAUAAUGCUGCAGAGCAGAAAGAGGAGUCGGGGAGAAACCCGGUACAAGUUAAUGCUGAGAAGAGCCAUUUGCAAAGACUGUCUGCAAAGUCACCUGAGAAGCAACUCUGCUCUAGGCAAACGCUCAAAAGGUUGACCCUGGUCAAUGGCAAAUUAGUCUUAGGACCCCUUCAGCCUACAGUUCAGGAAGGCCUGGAAAGAGUGAGCCCUGACAUAGCACCCCAAGAGGUGCAGCCGGAAACAGUUUUUGCCCACUCCCAGGGCCACCUGCCCUCCCACUUCAUGAAAGGAGCCAUUAUUCAGUUGGCUACUGGGGAGCUCAAGCGAGUCGAGGAUCUUCAAACCCAAGACUUUGUGCGUAGUGCAGAGGUGAGUGGCGGCCUCAAGAUUGAUUCCAGCACAGUGGUGGACAUUCAGGAAAGCCCCUGGCAGGGCUUUGUGAUGCUGCAUUUUGUAGUUGGAGAGCAGCAGAGCAAAGUGAGCAUUGAUGUCCCCCCUGAGCACCCUUUCUUUGUCUAUGGUCAAGGCUGGUCAUCCUGCAGCCCAGAGAGGACUGCUCGGCUUUUCUCCCUCCCUUGUCAUAAGCUUCAGGUGGGAGAUGUUUGUAUUUCCAUCAGUUUACAAAGCCUGAAUGGGAAGUUGGUUCCACAAAGUAGUUCUCGGGGCACUAUCCAAGAGAAGCCAGAGCAGAGUGGGAUAAUCCUUCGGGAGCCACAAAGUCAGGUGAGGGAGAAGACUCCAUUACAGAGGACAGUAGGAGUGUUAGACUUAUCCCAGGAAUCCUAUCUAGAACCCAUUUCUGUAUAUGGCUGGGCAGGUCCCAGCUUUCAAAAAUUAGUGGAGGAGCCUCGUUUAUCCCUGCUCCGCCCAUCAUUUAUUCCCCAGGAAGUCAAAUUGUCCAUAGAGGGUCGUUCGAAUGCAGGGAAGUGAAUUCUGGUGGUGGGUGAACCAGUGCCAUGCUGGAUAGUCUGGCCAUUAAUCAGUUUCUCUUGAUGCCGAAGAGAUGUCCAGCUCCUCCAGCUGUGUGCCUAAACCAUUCUACCGGCAGAACUUCUUCCCAUCUUUCCCUGCAUUCUGCAAGGUGAGAUGAAGAGAGGGAUCACCAGGUCCCUUAAGAUGCAAGCACUUUAAUUGGACACUUACUCAUAGGUAGCAAGAUGCUUUCAACGAGAGAAAAAGAGUCAGUAUGGGAGCCAAGAGAAUUGUCCAGUCUUCUGCUCAGGUCUUAGUCAAGAUAGUUUGACUAAUUGGUCUAGGCACUGCAGUAGUCCAGUUUGGGAGUCUCUGCGUCUCCUUAGGGAGAUAUUUGUAUAUCUUAUUGUAUUGAGAAGAAACAUCUAGCAGUCCUGUUCAACAAAUCUGCUACCCAGUGCAUAGUUUUGUAACUGUUGCCACAUAGAACUAAGUCCUUUUUAAUAGGAGGGGAAGUAGAAGCAGAACAAGGAUUUGUGCAGUAUAAAGUGUAUUGGCAGACCCCUUUGUUUGCUGGCUCUGCAUCCAUUCUGCUAUAACAUUCCUGCCCAGGUAAUACUGUUCUUCCAUGAAAGCUGCAUUCCAUUUCUCCCCUUGCUACCAGUACUUUCUCAAACAUCCAUUGCUGUAUAGCUGCUGCUUUUGCAGGCAUACAAAGGCUAUGGUUGAGGAAAGUGCCCUUUAUCAAUUGCCAGCUUCAACAGAGACUAAAAAGGGGUAGUAGACUUUUAUAUUUUAUCAAUAAGUAUAAAUGGCAAGUGGCUAACAGUUUUAAGUCUGUUGCACUGAAAAUGAUGCAGAAUUGCCUCAUUUCAUGGUGCCUUGCUGAGCAUCUUCUUGUCUUGUUACUGUGCUCUUAGCUCUAGGCAGAAGUUUACUGUGUUGUCUGGUGUAAUGAUGACAAAAUCUCCCCUCAAAACAGCUGUUACAACCGCCACUUCUAAUAAUUCUAAAUGGAUACCUUGGCUUAUUUCUCAUGGGUGGCUUCAAUUCCACUGCUUGGCAAUUCUGCUAGGUGCUGAGUGCUGAGUUUCUACAUCGGCCCAUCCCUAGCUCUCUAGAUGAAAGGUGACCUUGCUUUCUCUGCCAGGUUCUUUGCUGUGUUCUCCUAAAGACCCUGGCACUUUGCACUAUUCCUAACCACCUUUUGUCCAACAUAUCUGCCUUUCUUAACUUCCUCUCAGGGUCCCCUGAACUUCCUUUGUGUGCCUCCUGAUUAAUCUCUGUACUGAGUUCUCCCCUGUCUGAUGCCAGAUAAAGGGGCAGUAGUUUUAUGGCUGCAAACAAGCUUAAUCCUUUCAAAAUGAGUAGUUAUCUCCAGGCUGCAGUGCCAGGUGUCUAUGGUUGCUGAAACUGAACCUCAGUUUUGGACAGCUCACCUAUGUGGGUCCAAAGUUUUGUGUCUGUGUGGCAGACUGCUCACAAUCCUGUUUUCAGAGGCAUAUUUCCGAGUGGACAAGACAGUUACAAGUUGCAGAUGUGUAAGUCCCACAGAGACCUGAGAGAGCCAGCUACUUAGAGCAAUAAGCUAUUUCUCUCAUGUGACACUACAGAAAGUUGUGCCCAAUUCUAGCAAUUGCAGGGGAGGCCUCCUAAUACCCAAUACUGUGGGAUUGACAUCUCCCUGAUUGUCCUGUUGCCCAUGAACCCUAAACAAUUCAUCUCUGACAGGGCAUCUGUCAGAUGCCAUUUUCUCUUGGGAGUUGCUUCUGUUGCCCCUUUCUUCAAGGACACCUUAGCCUUAAAGGAGAGCUCCUUGAAGUGUCCAUGAAAGGGGAAGCCUUUUGUUACCAAUCAUGAUAGAGCCAGGGCAGGCCCACAAGAAACUCCUCUGAAGGUCCCUCUUCCUCCCUGGGACCUCUCCCAUAGAUAGCACCUUAGCUGGCAAGGACUGAAUGCCAUAUGCUACCAGAGUUGUACAUGUUGCAACCCUACAACAAAUCAUUAUUUUCACUCUCUAGCCAGUGAUAUACUGGCAAACGCCUUAGGACUAGCCAAACCCCCAACUGCUUUUCUCCUCCCUGAUCUUUAAUGCUACAUUACAGUCUAAGGAGGAUAAUCUAUUUUAUUGUGCUUUUUUUGUAUCUGUUUUAAAUAAAUCCACAUGUACUGUAUAUUUGUAUUUGGCGUGAGAUCCUUUUUCCUGUUUUAUGAUUUAAUAUUGCUGUAAACGCAGGCUGUAUUUUUAUUGUUAAGCUCUUCAAACGUGUUCAUUUAACUUGGCUAUAAAUGGCAUACACACAUAUUUAUGCAUGUGCACACAUAUACACACAUGUAUGUACUUAAUAAUAUGCCAAUAGUUUUUUUCUUUUGCUGUCUGUUUACCUUGUGGAGCAAAUACUACCCUGGAAAGCCAAGUAUAGCUCAGCAUCAUUUUGACAAUUUAACGUGACUGUUAGUAAUAUUCACAGUAGGUUUAUUAAUGGAGAAUGGGGUGCUGCACGGGGACAGAUGAAGAACGCUCCUUCCCUAAUUUUGCAUUGCUUCCCCCAUAUUGGUAAUACAGCUGGUCUUCAAAUGUGACACAUGGAUGCCAAAGACAUUCACUGGUUACUGCUGUCUUCUGUAUAGUCUGUGCUCAGUGUGGAGGAGGAGGACUGGUGCUGAUAUGGUCAAAAUGGGCAGAAGCAGCUCAUCAAAACCUAUGCAGUUCUCUAAGCUUAUUUUACUGUUAGCAAGUAAUAUGUUAAGCCUGACAGCACUUAGGAUUGUCUCCAAACAACUGAGUUUUUAAACAACGUUCUUAACAGUUUGCAUAUUUGUGUGACGGCCUAAUAAAGACAUUGCUGUAAGAUGCAUUUGGGGAUUUUUCUUAUAGCCAACAAAGCUCACUUGUUUCAAAAAACUGUCAAAAAAGUUGGUUCAUGAUGUGUUUGGAUUUUUUUAGACUAGCCAAUGUGAAAGCAUUUAGGAUUAAAAAAAACCCCUAAAAGGCUUAAAUCCCAGAUUGUGAACUAAAACAUGGUAGACAGGAGAUUGACUAUCUGCUCAUUCUUUAAAGAGAAUAAAUGUUUAAUCUUUAUAUACCCACCUUUUUCAAGGAGAACAUGAGUACUGUUUUGAAGACCUUACUGCCCAGAAGCCGGAGGAACUGUGUAAUGAAGUCAAAGUUGUUAAAGAUUAAUGUGGAAAAAGCCUGCCAAAGAUUACACAACAGAAGAAAGUAAACUGAAUGGCAGAAUAGACAGUGGAAAUUGCCAAGGGAAUAUAAACCUGAGGGAGUUCAUGAAAGAAUUUAAGAAAUUUGUUGGAAGAGAUUAGUAGUAUUGCCACAUUGUAAAGAUGUUGAAGAUGAAACAGACAUGCAGAAACAAUGUUUUCCAUAAGAUCUGACCUCAAAAAGUUUCAAUCUCAAAUUGGUUUGCUUCAAGAUGCAAUUAACUACAAGUAAUGAUUCAAAAACUAUCAAACAAAAGUGGAAGGAAAUUCUGUAUAGUAAGGAUAUUACUGUCUGAGAAGAUAUUCUCUAUUUACAAGAACCUCUAGUGCUAAAGUACUGAUUAAAUUGCUAGGGAUUAGACCACUAUCUUAAGUUGGUAGCAAUUAGUAAAGAUUUUAAUUGAACUACAGCAAAUUUGGAGAAUGCCAGUGAACACCAGGUUGAAUGAGUUCAUUCCACAAACCAGCACCAAAGAUAGGAGAGUUAGUAGUGCAAACUGUUGCACAGUAUUAAUUUCACAUUUAACAAAAUAAUUCUUAGGAUUAUCUAACAGAUUAGAGCCCCGAAUGAAACUGGAGAAGAAACAUCAAGCACCUGUGCUAUAUUAAUGACACUACUCCAAUAACUAAAAAAAGAAAUGUUCUGCAAACUCUAGUAAUCAAAGUUAAUUGGCUACAAUUAAAUAUAAAGACCACCAAAUUAAUGAUAAUAGGAAUAGGGGUCAGCCAUAGAAUUGCCAGUGAAGAUCCUGAGGUAUGGCUGAUUACUUGUGCCUGCAGAGUAGCACUUGAUAGGCAGCAAUGAAGUCUUUGGAAAAAAUGUUCUGAUGUCAUGAUGUGUCUAGCUCAUAAUUAAAAGCUGGUUGGGUGACUUUGGGCCAGUCAAACUUGGCCCAACCCACAGGGUUGUGAGGAAAAUACGGAGGAAUAUUAAGUAUGCUCAUUGAGUUGGGCACUUCUGUUUUACAAGGUGGGAUUAAAA